CCUCCUUCGACCUCCAUUGUAAUCCCUACUCAAUGGGUUUAAGUUUAACAUAAAGGCUCUCUGUCCCCCCUCUCACUCCAGUUUCUCUCUGAAAAAAAGGGCCACCUGAAACAAGCCCAUCUGGGCCAGUCAAAUUUAGCAGACCGCCAGCCAGCCAGGGGAGAAACCCUAACGAAAACCCUUUUUCUCCUUCUAUUCCUGUCAUCAAUCUUACAGCAUUUUGCUUCCCACUAAAAAAUGAGCACCAAUAUUAAUAGCAAUAUACCAUUGAGAAAUCUGCUUUCUCUGAUUCAAAGACGUUUCCUGAAAACAUCAUCUACUACACGACCUCCCAAUGCCUCCUCUUCUUUUACUGUUCAAUACCUCGUCAACUCAUGCGGGCUUCCUCUACAAUCUGCUCUUUCCGUCUCCAAAAAGUUCCAAAUCGAUGAAAAUAACCUUCAGAAGCCUCAAUCCGUCAUCCACUUCUUGAAAUCUUACGAUUUUCAGGAUGCCCACGUUGCCAAAUUGAUCGAAAAGUGGCCUGCUGUCCUCCGUUCCAGAACAGAAGGUAAUCUCAAGCCUAAGUUUGACUUCUUCAUAAAAAAUGGCUUUGUGGGUCAGCUUCUGCCUCAGCUUGCCGUAUUGGAUCCGAGAAUUUUUAGAGCCUCCUUACAUGCUCAUAUCAAGCCAUGUUUUGAGCUUUUGAAACGUUUUCUCGAAAGUAAUGAGAAUAUUUUAGCUGCUCUUAGUCGUGCUCCUUUUUUAAUGUCCUUUAGUUUCAAUGCUACCGUGCGACCAAACCUUGACUUGUUGAAAAAGGAGGGAGUGACCGCUGAUAGGGUUGCAAAACUGCUAUUGUCGCAGCCAAGAUCUUUACAACAUAGUAAUCAUAGGAUGGUUUAUGCUGUCACUUAUCUUAAGCAACUGGGCAUCGAACCAGACAAGACAAUGUAUAUACAUGCUCUUACAGUGAUUGCACGAAUGAAUGAAUCUGCUUGGAGGAAGAAAAUUGAUAUGUUUAAGAGUGUUGGGUGGACCGAAGAGGAGGUUUUAUGGGCUUUUAAGCGAUUCCCUUGUCUAUUAUUAAGUUCAGAGGAGAAAAUCCGGAGCAUGAUGGAUUUCUUUCUGAAUAAGAUGAAGUUGGAACGGCAAACUAUAGUUGCCAAUCCUGCGCUUCUUAAAUACUCUUUUGGCAAUAGGAUUCUUCCGAGGUGCAAUGUUUUGGAGGUUUUGAAGUCAAAGAAGCUGAUUAAAGGAGACACAAACAUUGCUACUUUUCUAAAAUUAAGCGAGAAGGAUUUCAUGGAGAGAUGUGUUGCCAAGUACGAGAAUAAAGUUCCUGGUUUACUGGAGAUGUAUGGAGGAAUUGACAAAGGAAAAAGAUGAUAAUGGAUAGCAAUGAAGAUGUUGAAGCCAAAAAACUGAAGCUGUUUUGAGGUCGAACUCUGAUAUCCCACAAUUAAGAGCAAAAACAUGCUGACAACCUUUCCUGGUGGGCAAAAGGCUUGACAAGCACCAGCGUACGAUUUGCCGGACCUCCCAUCCUUCAAAUUAAGGACAGUUCAAAUUUGGCCCUUCAACUUUCAAGACCCCAUGAAGGUGCCCUUCAUGUUGUUGUUUUGUACUUGUUAUUCACCUUGUACAGAUAUUUUGUAAGAAUUGAGCUCUGUUGUUGCAUUUAACAAAAUUGAUUAAAAAUUUCAUCUA